AUGGAGCAGUUCGACGGCGACGCGCCGCGCAACCACGUGGAGGCGGAGGCCCGCGACGCCAAGAAGAACCACCGCAAGGACAAGCCCUGGGACAGCGAGGACAUCGACCACUGGAAGAUCGACCCAUGGCAGGACGAGAUUGACGACAACAAGAACGCCGGCAAGAAGAUCAAGAUGCCCAACCUGCUGGAGGAGAGCUCGUUCGCCACGCUCUUCCCCAAGUACCGUGAGAAGUACCUGCGGGAGGUCUGGCCCAUCGUCACCAAGGCGCUGGACGCGCACAAGAUCUCGUGCGAGCUCAACCUCGUGGAGGGCAGCAUGACGGUGCGCACCACGCGCAAGACCACCGACCCGUACAUCGUGCUCAAGGCGCGCGACCUCAUCAAGCUGCUGGCACGCAGCAUCCCCGUGAACCAGGCGGUCAAGAUCCUGGACGACGACGUGCAGUGCGACAUCAUCAAGAUCGGCGGCCUCGUGCGCAACAAGGAGCGCUUCGUCAAGCGUCGUCAGCGGCUUGUGGGCCCCGACGGAGCCACGCUCAAGGCCAUUGAGCUGCUCACCAACUGCUACGUGCUGGUUCAGGGUAACACCGUGUCGGCUAUGGGCAGCUACCACGGUCUGCGCAACGUGCGCAAGAUUGUGGAGGACUGCUUCGCCAACAUCCACCCGAUCUACAACGUCAAGCGCCUCAUGAUCAAGCGCGAGCUGGCCAAGGACCCCAAGCUCAAAGAUGAGAACUGGGAGCGAUUCCUGCCCAACUUCAAGAAGCAGAACGUGCAGACCAAGAAGCCCAAGAAGGUGCGUGAGAAGAAGGAGUACACGCCGUUCCCGCCGGCGCCGACGGCCAGCAAGGUGGACAAGGAGAUCGAGAGCGGUGAGUACUUCAUGAAGGAGCACGAGCGCAAGGCCAUGAAGAAGCAGAAGAAGCACGAGGAGAAGCUUCGGGUGCUGCAGAAGCGUAAGGCCGACAAGAUGGCCGAGUACGUCGCCCCCAGCGAGAAGGAGACGAGCAAGAAGCGCAAGAAACAGAAGGCCGAGGCUCAGGAGGAGAACAAGCGCGCCACUUCCGUCGAGGCGCUCAAGCAGAAGUUCCUCAGCCAGAAGACGACAACAGACUCCAAGGCCGCUGCUUCGGUCAGCGACUACGUGUCGAUGCCGGCCAAGAAGAAAUCAAAGAAGGCCGACGCCUAA